AUAUCACUUAUUUCUCAUUGCAUAAUUGUACUAGUGAUUCUUGAAUCUUGAGUCAGGACUAGUACUGAUCACAUUUGUGGAUCUGUCAAUAGUUUCUCAAAUACAUAACAAAUGGGAUAGUUAGUCUUAGCUAGCUAUAACCGUAAAACGGAUAAAAAAUAUAAAUGGAAAGAAAUCAAACAAGAUACUUGUUCAACAAAUCUUGUGGGAAUGCUUCAAAGAUGGCGGCUAAUUUCCACAUCAAACUAUUGUAAUGCCAUUUGCACAUUCAAAAUUAUAUUAUCCCAUAGGAAAACCAACAUGCUUAGACUCUCUCUCUAUUAUUGAAUAAAAAAGGAAAAUGUGUCUGUAGUUGUAUAUAUAGCUGACAUUAACAUUCAUUGUUUAAUUACUUCAAUCAUUAUUAAACAAUGACCAAGAGGGAAACUCAAAGUCAAUGUAUUCCUCUCACACAACUGGAUUUUGUGCUAUAUAACUCUUGAAGCACCAAUAGCCAGUUUCAUCAUCACUCAUUUCAAUUUCACUCACAAUAAUAGCAAAUUAAAAUCAAAGAUACAUACAACAAAAUGUGUGACACUGUAAUUUCAUGUGCUCGUGAACACUUGCUUCCACUAGCCCGUGAUCAUUUGCUUCCAUUAUUAAAGGAGGCAGUCAACAUAAUUAGGGGUGUCCCAACAGAAAUUGCAGAAAUGAAAGAUGAACUUGAACGCAUUGAAGGCUUCAUCAACAAAGCAGAUAGAAUGGCCGAUUCACAAGAAGACAACACAAGUCUCAAAAUGAGAGCAACGAUCAAGCAGCUGAUAGAAGCAUCUUUUCACAUAGAAGAUAUCAUUGAUGAAUACUUGAUCCGUGAGGAGCAACAACUUCCAGAUCCUGGAUGUGCUGCUGUUGCCAACUAUGGCGCUAACUAUGUCAAAACUAAGAUUCUCCGUCUCCACAUAACCUACAAGAUUCAAAACAUCAAAUCCCGAAUUGCUUUAAUAAAAGAUACAUUUGAAAAAGAUCAUGGCUUCCCAAUCCAUUCUUCUUGGGAAAUAGGAUCAAGCAGUUCUACAGAAACUCCAAAUGCCACAUUAUUGCAGAACCUUCGUGAGGCUCCAUUUUACAUGGAGGAAACUGAUGUUGUGGGCUUUGAAGAGCCAAGAGGCAUAAUGAUUGAUUGGUUGGUAAAGGGAAGAGCAGAGCGCACAAUUGUCUCCCUUGUUGGAAUGGGAGGACAGGGUAAAACCACUCUUGCCAAAAGAGUUUUUGACAACACCGAGGUCGUUAAUCACUUUGACUGUCAUGCCUGGAUCACAGUGUCUCCAUCAUACAAUAUAGAAAAUUUGUUGAAGGACAUUUUGUGCCAGUUUUAUAAACGACAGGGAGUCGAUCCUCCUCAAGGUAUUCAUCAAAUGGAUCGAAAGUCAUUAGUUGAUGAAGUGAGAAACUACUUGCUGAGAAAAAGGUAUGUUGUUGUGUUUGAUGAUGUAUGGAACAUUAAUUUUUGGGGUGAUAUUGAAUUUGCAAUGAUUGAUAAAAAAAAUGGUUCUAAGGUAUUAAUCACAACAAGGAAAAUGAAUGUUGCAAAUGCUUGUAAGAGAUCUUCUUUUGUUGAAGUGCUUGAGCUGAAAAGUUUAAAUGAUGACCAAUCUUUAGAGUUGUUCAAUAAGAAGGCAUUUCAUGAUUUGAACGGAUAUUGUCCUGAAAAUCUUAAGGACAUAUCUUCCAAAAUUAUUGAAAAAUGCAAAGGACUGCCACUAGCGAUUGUAGUCAUAGGUGGUCUUUUGUCUCAGAAGGAUAGAAAAAAAUUUGAAUGGGAUAGGUUUAUUGAACACUUGAAUUCAGAGUUAAAUAGAGAUUUUAGGAUAAAUCGGAUUUUAGCUCUAAGUUACCAUGAUUUGUCUUACAAUCUUAAGCCAUGUUUGUUAUAUUUUGGUAUGUAUCCCGAAGACUACAAAGUUAACGCAAAAAUGCUGAUUAGACAAUGGAUUGCUGAAGGAUUUGUAAAAGACGAUAAGGUGCACACUUUAGAAGAAGUUGCAGAAGGAUAUUUAAUAGAGUUGAUACUUAGAAGUUUGGUGCAGGUAGUUUCGAUGAGUAUUGAUGGAAGAGCAGAAAGUUGUCGUGUUCAUGAUCUUGUGCAUGCAAUGAUCCUUGAAAAAUGUGAGGAUUUAAGUUUUUGUAAGAAUAUUAGUGACGAUGAUCAGUCAUCUUCAUCUGCAAUAGUUCGACGCCUAUCAAUAGCAUCCGAUUCUGAUAAUUUGGUGGAAAGUAUUGAAAGCUCAAAAGUUCAUUCACUGUUUGUUUUCACAUCCAAAACAUUACCCCAAUCCCUUGUAAAAACAAUCCCUUCAAAGUACAGGCAGUUGAAGGUGCUUGCUAUUGAGCAUGUUGGAUUUCUCCAAGUUCCAAAAGAUUUGGAAAGUUUGAUCCACUUGAAGUUUAUCAGUUUCAUUGACCAUCCUCCAUUUGAAUUUGAAUCUUCAAAAUCCAUAUUUGGCAUGCUGGAGAACCUAGAAACCUUAUGUUUAGGGCAAGUAAGAAAAUAUACUAUGCCAAAGGAGAUUUGCAAGCUUACAAAGCUGCGUCAUUUUCUAGGCAAAAAAAUGUCUUUGAUUGGAUUGAAGGAUGGUAUCGGAGAUAUGACAUCCCUACAAACUCUAACAAAUGUUUAUUUAGAUGAAGACGAAGACGAAGAUGAUAAUAGAGUAGUAGAGUUAAUCCAUGAGCUGGGAAAGUUGAAGCAACUAAAGGAAUUGAGUGUGUCUGGUGUUAGGAGUAAAUAUAUGAGUGCUCUGUCUUCUUCGAUCAACGAGAUGCAACAAUUAGAGGAACUAGCUAUUCAAGGAAAACAAACGAGCACGAUCAUUAUUGAUCUGCAUUUGAAAUCACCCCCACCCUUGCUUCGAUCUCUUAAACUCAACGGAAAGUUAUGGAAGUUGCCAGAAUGGAUCCCAAAGCUUCAAAAUCUUGUUAUGCUGCAUCUCUAUGAGUCAGAGCUAAUGGACGAUGCAAUUAACUUAUUCAAAAGUAUGCCAAACUUGUUGUCCCUCCUUCUGGCUAGCAAUGCUUAUAAAGAUAAAAACUUACAUUUUGAAGAUGGCUCUUUUAAGAAUUUGAUUGAACUCACUCUUUUUGGUUUGCAGCACUUGAAUAACAUCCUUAUUGACAAAGGUGCGCUGCCCUCUCUGAAAAAGCUUCGCGUAGCCUUCAUCCCCAAUCUCAAGAUGGUACCAAAUAACAUUAAACACUUAAAAAAGCUUCAAGUUCUGUAUAUGCGGGAAAUGAGUGAGGAAUUUAUGAAGAGCAUUACUCCGCGGGAAGGAAAAGAGCAUUGGAUCUUCAAGCACGCGACGCUCACAGGAAUUUCUGGUAGGAUUGCCAAAUCCAAUACUAGAGAAUCAGAGAAAUAGGAAGAGAAAAUGAGUUGUGGAAUGGAUUUUUUAUAUAUCAUUGUUGUUGUGUUGUAUUUAUAUAAAAUAAAAGAAUGUAUGUUUGUGCAAGAGUUUUUCUUACAUGAUUGUAACUAACUAUAAUUCAUCAUAUAUUUUUUUCUUUCAAA